AUGGGAGAGGUGAAACAGAAGGUGGCAACGGAGGAUAUCCUUGAAGAAGAUGAGAAAAGAUCUUCGGAGAACUCUGUACCACCUGUGAUUCUGGACCUCAACAAGGGUUUCGGUGAGGCGAACGAUGAAGGGGAAGCCGGCGACGAUGAUGACGGCAACGAAGAGGAUGGUGACGACGGCGGUAGCACAAGUGAAGUUGAAGGAGGCAGGAGUUCAUCAAGCAACAACAGCAGAACCAACCACACUUCCAUGAGCAACAAGGAUUGUGACAUGGAUAGCAGCAGUAAGGGUGAGGGCAGCGGAGAGAGGACGCUGACCGUGAGGCAGUACAACAGAUCCAAGCUUCCCCGGCUCCGGUGGACUCCAGACCUGCAUAUGGCAUUUGUCCACGCCGUGGAGAGGCUGGGCGGUCAAGAGAGAGCAACGCCAAAGCUGGUGCUUCAGAUGAUGAACGUGAGGGGGCUCAGCAUUGCUCAUGUCAAAAGUCACUUGCAGAUGUACAGAAGCAAGAAGCUGGACCACGAGUCUGGUGGACACGAGAGAGCAGCCAUCUCCUCCGUUUUCUCGCCCAUGGACUUCCACAUGAUGAGGAGAGGGGACCAUCGCUUCCAUGACAUGUUCCUCCAUCGAGCUGCCGGCUCGGUGAUCUCCUCCGGCCGGCUGCUCCAUAACGGGGAGUUGUUCGGGUCACGAAACGCUGUCUCGCCGGAGGCCAGCAGGCUCUACGCGCUCCUCCAACGCCGGCAGCAGCCUUCCAUGCAAACGUUCGACUUCAAGAACUACAGUAGUAGCCUCAGGGAUCAAGAGUGGAGUUUCAGCCAGCAUGCAGCGGCGGCGGCGAGAGCUGGGGCCAUCAAUGACCACGGCCCAACGAAAGGGCUCAUCCACGAUAUGAUCUUGAGAAAUAACGGCAGGCCGACGUCCCAUUUGUUCGACGUGCGGGAUGCCAUCGCUUCCAACCGGACGUCGUCGGAUGCCGCGGGUCCUGCCAGCCACCUGAGCCACGGCGCAAGGGUCGUCAGAAGCACGGAUUGGAACGGCACCAGCUCUGGGCCGCCCCUGUCUAGGACAAUGUCGGCAGCUGCCUCCACGGGUCUUGCGUUGGGCAGUCACCAUCUCUUGUCUAGGGGAAGAGGCUCCUCUAACGUGACGUCAUCGUCAGAUCCUGUGGUGACAAGUGAAGCCCAAGGCUCCCGGCUCCAGACGCUCCUAGAGCCCAGCAAAGUAAUCGGCGAGAUGUGCGCUGGGACCAGAACGACGAAGAGGAUGAAGACGCCAAUGGAGGGGAAUGUCAGCACGCCGGACUUGCAGCUAAGCUUGAGCCCCAACGACGACAUGGGAGGAGAUGCCGACAAGCAGCUCAAGAAGAGGAAGUUCCUAGGCAUCGGAUUAAGUGAACAGGAGGUGGACGACAGUGGUAAGACGACGCUGCCUCUCUCGCUGUCGCUGUCACUCCGUGGUGGCGAGUGGAGCGGCGGCGAUGAUGCCAGCAGAUUAGAGGCAGCGACAGGUAGCAGCGGCAACAAGGCCGCUCUGGGGCGGAGUACUUUGGAUCUGACCAUGUCGAUCAAGGCAUUGGAGUGA